AUGUCAACGAAGCUCAGAAUAUUGGUGCCCGUGAAGCGGGUCAUCGACUAUGCUGUCAAACCACGUGUAAAAGCAGACAAGACCGGCGUCGAGACCUCCGGCGUGAAGCAUUCACUAAACCCUUUCGACGAACUUUCAAUCGAAGAAGCUGUACGGUUACGAGAGCGCAAGCUGCCAGUCGAGGAGAUCGUCGCAGUGAGUGCUGGCCCCGCGAAAUGUGCAGAUACAUUACGAACGGCGAUGGCCAUGGGUGCCGACCGAUCUAUCCACAUUGAUGUACCUGAGGACAAGCCAUUAGAGCCACUCGGCGUCGCCAAAGUUCUCAAGGCAAUUGCAGAACAAGAGAAGAGCAACCUGAUCUUCUUGGGAAAGCAAGCCAUCGAUGACGACAGCGGACAGACAGGUCAGAUGCUGGCAGGAUUACUGGACUGGCCACAAGCUACACAGGCAAGCGAAGUUACCCUGUCUGGAGACGACAUCACGGUCGAGAGGGAAGUGGACGGUGGCACGGAGACGCUGAAGGCGAAGCUACCGAUGAUCAUCACCACCGAUCUGCGGCUCAAUGAGCUAGAUAUGCGACUCGAAAAGAAGACGCUGAAGGACUAUGGAAUUGACGACACACCACGGCUGAAGACCAUCAAGGUUGAGGAACCUCCGCAGAGAAAGGGUGGUGGCAAGGUCGAGGAUGUCGAUGGUAUGAUUAGCAAGUUGAAAGAGCUGGGUGCUUUGUGA